CCCUUCCCCUGCUUAGCCAAGUCGCGAAUCACCCUGCUCCUGCCCAUGUUCGGCAUAGUUCUUUGUCAGUUUUUCGAUUUCUGAUUUCCUUCGUUGGAUUUAUGGAUCGCUGGACUGGAAUUCUGAAGGUGCCAUUGUACACAAGCAGCAUCAAAACGUACUACCGGGUUGCGGCGUCCCUCCGCCUAUCUCCUUCUCCCAACACGUUUGCUGUACCUGCUGCAAAUGCUAUAUUUUUCAGUGGAGACCGAGUUGAAGGGAGUGGGAAUCCAGUAGUUGAGAGGCUGUCGGAUUUGCAGAGAGUUGCUGAAAUUUUGAUUUCUAAAUUUGGGGAUACUACCAAUGCUUGGGUGGUCGAACCACCCAUAUUCAAUGGCCCUUUCGGUGUUUACAAGGACUUCAUCCCUUCAAUUAAUGAUUCUGGAGAGCCAAAAGUUUAUGAUGCAAAGGAGUUCCCAGCAUCUUCAUCUAUUGUCUUGCUCUUGUGGAAUUGCCUGAAAGAGGCUAAAAAUGUCACUGCAGGGAAGAAGCUAAAACAACCUUUCACCGCUGAGGUGUCCACACUGCCUUCUUAUGACAAACCUAGGACUAUACUCCUAGGUUUUAGUAAGGGCGGGAUCAUACUUAACCAGCUUCUUGCCGAGCUUGCCCUCUCCCCAGCUCACUCCCCUGAAGAUAAAGACCCCCAAGCAAACAAAGACGAGAUCAUACCCACUUCCAAAGAAAGUUUUUUAAACAGCAUAGCCGAGUUCCACUACGUUGAUGUUGGUUUGAACAGUAAAGGAGCAUACAUCACCGACCAAGAUGUGUUUGACAAAAUUUCUGAACGAUUUGAUACAGGAGCGCCCGGCAUUCGGUUUUUCUUACAUGGGACCCCCAGGCAGUGGAAUGAUGUCAGGCGAAGUUGGAUUAGAAAAGAAAAGGAUGAACUCUUUCGGCUUCUUAAAGGUGUUGCUCAUAGAAACAUGGGGAGAUUGCAUAUUAGUGAGCGGUUGUAUUUUGGUAACAUGCCCCCAGAUUUGCAGAUGCAUUUUGAAAUCAUUGAGCGUCUGGAUGUUAGCUGAGUUUCAUUCCCAUGUUGCAAUUUUAUAAUGCAAGACAAGGCAUAUAUAGGACCAGAUUAUUAAUUUUUUUUGGACAAGAUUAUUUUAUAGGUAGG